AUGAGCAACCAUAUUCAGGACAGUUGGGUCAAACACUUGCGGAAGUCAGAAGCUGCCGCACGCAGAAUCACCUGUCCAGAAUGCAAGGCUGAACUCGAUAGCAAUCUGGAGGACUUCAAGGCACACGUCCGCGACAAUGUCUCCGAACAUGGUAACCUGGCCGGCGAUGCCGCCAUUGCGGAUGCUUUCAAACGCAUCAGCUUGAGAUCAACCAAAUCCGUCGACCAGCCCUCGAACAAACUAUCAAAGAAGAGACCGUCCGGCCCAACUGCACUCGAGAGUGUCGACCACAGAGAUACGAGCAUGAGCAACGAACGAGGGAACAAAAAAGUCUGCUCGCCGACUUCGUCUGACCAUCAACACGCAUCUCCCAACAGCAAGCAUCCUGUCAGCCGGAGCCGUGCACGCCCAAAUGAUUUCGAUCGUUAUGGUUCAGGAGCUCGACCUGCCGGCCGCCUCUUCAACCCAGAGCAGGAUUCUCCAGGCACAGGUCGACAACUGAAAGGCCUCUUCCACGCUUCCAAAGCUUCGCAGCAGCAGCAGCAGCAGCAGCAACAUCAACAGAAGAGGCAGCUGGAGAGCCGCGGCCGACAACAACCACCCCCUGCCAUCAAGGCUGACUCUCAAGACAACGGCGCACCAAACCUCAUCAGUAGUCCGCACACGUCGAUCGCCCCCCAACCAGAAACGAAGCCCAUUUCUCAUGAACAACUGGUGGCCGAAGUGAAGGGGAUCUACGCAGGCCUGGUUAUGAUCGAAACUAAGUGUAUCGAGGUUGACAAUGCCCAGUCGGCAUGCCCAGAGCAAAAGUUGUCAAAGGAUCAAUGGCAAGCCCUCAUCGCGCUCCAUCGUACGCUCCUCCACGAGCACCACGACUUUUUUCUGGCUAGCCAACAUCCUGCAGCCAACGCUGCACUUCGACGCCUCGCAUCCAAGUAUGCUAUGCCUGCACGGAUGUGGAGACAUGGCAUUCACUCAUUUCUAGAACUGCUUCGUCGCAGACUCCCUGAUUCAUAUGAGUACAUGCUCACCUUCAUCUAUCUGGCAUAUGCCAUGAUGGCAUUACUCUACGAGACUGUUCCUAAUUUCGAGGAUACCUGGGUUGAAUGUCUAGGAGAUCUUGCUAGAUAUCGCAUGGCUAUUGAGGAUAAUGAUUUAAAGGAUCGCGAGACCUGGACAGGAGUCGCUCGACAGUGGUACAGCUUCGCUUCCGAGAAGGCACCAGCAACUGGCCGUCUUUACCACCAUCUUGCGAUUUUGGCUCGGCCGAAUGCUGUUCAACAGCUGUACUUCUAUACCAAGUCUCUCUGUGUUGUCAUUCCGUUCCACAGUGCCAGGGAAAGUAUAAUGACUCUCUUCGAUCCAGUUCUCACCGCUGGUUCAGCAGCCCGCCUCCCUGCAAUUGAUGCUGCCAUUGUUCGUGUGCAUGGUAUCUUUUUCUCCAAGAAGAAUAAAGAACUUCUGGAUCAGUCUAUUGACGACUAUUACACCGGGAUUCCCCUAUGUUGUUCUCUCUUGGGUUACGGAGUGGAAACAAAUUUUAUCAUGAGAGAGAUCUCGCAACCAUCCGAAGAGGGUGACACUGCAGGCUCUGUUGGUACCGGCAGCGUUGCCGGCGCUGACGAGGUUGUCCCUGACGAGAUGUUCCCCAAGGCACGCGAUUUCGCGAUGAAAAUCUAUAAAAUAGUUGCUAAACGUUUCGGAGACCCAAACACACUGCCCUUUAUUCAUACUUUCCUAGCCUUUAUGUGGCAUAUGAGCAAAUUCCCUGCUGCCAUGGAGCAACUCGAGCGAGACUUCCCAUGGCAACUUACUGCAACGAUGCUUAAUCAUACCUUCCAGUCUUGUGGGUUUGAGGCACGAAUGGAGAGUGAGGAGUUUCCAGGUGCUCUUAAGAAUGACACCCCUCGUCCUCUGCCGGAGGAUUUCGCGAUGAGGAGCCUGGUCUAUACCGAGGACUACCUGCCAUCACAGUGGUUUAAAGAUAGCAAGGUGGAGGAAGACGAGAAACAAUUCGAGCUGGCUUCAAUGGUCGACCAACGAAAAGAGAGACUCCUCUGGCUCGGACGUAGGAUCGCAUCUACUGGAAGGUGGUUGACAUGGAAUGAACUUUCACGACGAUUUGGGGUAGCAGACGAGUGGGCUGACCUAGAGGAUGCUGCAAUCACUUUCUCGGCGUUUGGCGAACAUAAUGAAUACAGUUGA